CAAGCGCUCUACAUAUUCAGCUGUGCCUCCUGUCGCCGCGAGAGAAGCUGCAGACGUCGGCGACGCCAGGUUUGCAGCCGUUUUCGACAGCGCGACGCAGCUGUGGCGCAUCGCGCGGCUCUGUGCAGGGGUCCCGGAAAGCGUGCGGAGCUGCAGCUUGCUUGUUGUUGGAACUGCCCUGGAACCUGUGAUGGAGGGCUGAUCGGCCAUCCACACCUACACACAGUGUCAUCUGUCCACUUACGCCGCUACCGCCGCCGCCCGCCUCCGCAGAGCAUACGUCGCCCGGCCUCGUGUGCUAUGCAUCCCGCUGCCCUCGUCGCUCCCUCGCCGCAAACGCCUCGGGGCCGCGUUGUGAGCUGCUUCGACCAGACACCAAGAUAAGCCGCCGCCGCCGCCGCCGCCGACCAUCCACAGCCAAGCCCUGCAUCGCGCAUUCGCGCAUCGUGGCUGCCAUCAUGGGCGAAGGCGACCAGCCGCCCGCAGCAGCAAGAAGCAAUCCCGAGUCCGCCAACGUCUCGCGACGCAGCUCAGACUAUGGAGCCGACUCUCCCUCCGCGAGCCAGCAACUGCCCGCCUCGAGCUCAGAGGGCGCGCGCAGGCGACCGCAGGUACAGCAGACCCAGACCCAGACCCCGGCGACAGGAUAUGGCUCCAUAACCUCGUCCAUCGAGCGCCGACAACAACAGGGCGUCAACCCGUCGGACCAGCCCAAGCCGAAGAAACCCGCGAUGAACCGACGCACCACCUCGUAUCACUAUCCGCACAAGGGCCAGGAGUUCUCCGUGGACGACGCCGAGGACGAGGUCAACCAGGAGCUGACCGAGCAGCAGCAGCAGCAGCAAAAGCAGCAGCGCCAGGCUCCGGGCCAGACCCUGCGCAGGAAGCCUUCCACGAUCCGCCGACGGCCGGCAGCUCAGGUGCCCGCUCUUGCGACCGUGCAUUCGAGUGACGGCGACGAUGCCACCGAGCAAGAGCGCGCCGCAGCGCCCACAGAUGCCGAGGGCCAGCCUGCGUCGUCGGGCGAGGAGACGCUUAGAGCCGACGAGGACGAUACCGGCAAUGGCGCCGAUGAUGACGAAGACCUUAGCGACGCGGAGAGCUUCACGCUCAGGGACCGGCAAGAGGCCAUCAACGUCACGCAUCCCUUCGGCAUCAGGAUCUGGAAACCUGCCUUGUACAAGAAGGAUCGGUCAGUGCAGCGGAAUGCCGAAGGUGACAUCCACUCUACCCCGGGCUUGUACGUCAGUAAUUGGCUCCUGCUGUUCAACAUAGUCUGGACACUCGCCUUCGGGUGGUGGCUUGCGCUGCUCGCCGCCGCCGGCGCUCUCCUCUGUGCCCUCCUAGGAUUCGUGGACAGCUGCAUGGAAUACUCUCGACUCCUAUUCCACCUUUCCGUCUAUCUCUUUUACCCCUUCGGCAAGUAUGUCAAAUUGAUGCAAGACGAGGCGUAUGCGGAAGAGGAUGAAGGCGAGGGCCGAAGCAUCAGCGAGUACGAACAGUGGCAGAGCGGUGACAUUGAGGAAGGACGGCUGUUCUUUGGCCCCACAGCAUCCCUGAUCGGGAGACGCAGAAGCAGCGUUGACUCGACCGAUGAGACCACCAGCUUGCUUGGGAGAGACGGGCGCCCUAACAACCUGUCGCACCAGGAUACCGCGAAAACAAAGAGGAGACUGUUCGGCCGCGGGAAGUGGAACGUCGGACGUGUUGUCUUCUUCAUCUUCUUCUAUGGCAUAUUCACUCCGGCCUUGUUCCUCGUCUCGGGCAUAUGCUGGUUCCUAGUAUUUACGAUCCCGAUGGGCAAAGUUACCCUCCUGUUGUUCGACCAUCUCCGAAGGCACCCCCUGGCCCUCUCCUUCCACUCGGAUAGCGGCAACGUGCGGCGCCCAGGCGAGUCUUCGUCCAUCCUGCUGUGUACCUACCGCGCCGUUGGGAACCGGUACUGGAAGUACACCAUCGACGGAACAAACAUCUUCCUCAUCAAUCUGCUCGGCCUUGUUGCCUUCGUCAUCUUUGACUACUGGGUCCUGGAUGUUGCGCUCGGCCUCAAAAUCCCAUUGACGGAUCAGUUCUUCGUCUUCACGCUCGCCCUGUUGUCUAUCAUUCCCCUGGCGUACUUCAUCGGCCAGGCUGUUGCUUCCAUAUCUGCGCAGUCGUCGAUGGGAGUGGGUGCUACCAUCAACGCCUUCUUCUCCACCGUAGUUGAAGUAUUCCUCUAUUGUGUUGCAUUGAACGAAGGCAAGGCACAGCUAGUGGAAGGAAGUAUCAUUGGCAGUAUCUUUGCCGGUAUACUCUUCCUUCCAGGUUUGUCCAUGUGUUUUGGCGCUCUGAAGAGGAAGACGCAGCGAUUCAACGUCAAGUCAGCCGGAGUCACAUCGACUAUGCUCCUCUUUGCCGUUAUUGGCGCCUUCGGACCAACCCUAUUCUACCAGAUCUACGGUAGCCAUGAGCUAAGCUGCCGUCUAUGCGUCCGGCACCACAGCGUACCCUCGGAGCGGGACUGCCGAAGAUGCUACUAUUCACAGACGCCGGCCAUCAACGAUCCUUUCUACGAAGAAGCCGUCAGGCCGUACAUCUGGUUCGCGGCUGCUCUGCUGUUCCUGUCAUACGUCAUUGGUCUGCUGUUUACGCUAAGGACGCAUGCCGCAGUGAUCUGGAGCAGUGAGCCUGACGAAAAGAGGCCCAUUGAUAUGUCGGCCAGCCAGUUCAGUAACAACGCGUCUAUCGAGAUGCCGAAUACACUCACGAGACAGGCAACCAGCCAGUCUAUCUCUCGGGCGGACAUACGUAACAGCCAGCUAUACAAGCGCAUUGUCGGCCAGACUCUCCACCAAGUGGGGCUUGGGCCAGAGGGCGAAGCUUCCGGGCAAGCCCGACCAAGUUCAAGGUCUGAUGGGCAGACACCGCACGUCGUACCACCAAAGGACGGAGACGAACAUGCGGCGUCUAGUUUCCACAUUGGUGGUCUAUCGGAGCGAGACAGCCAGUCGUUGGUGCGACAGAUUACUGAGAUUGCCGCUACAACCACGGCCCUGGCUACGCGUGAUGCUACGAAAGCGCCCCGCAAAGCCGCUCUGAUGGCUCAGGCGCCGGCUAAGGGGGCUCCUGAACGACCACACCAUACGAGGACUGGAACCUACCAGGAGGGGCAUGAAGAGGCUGCGCCGGGUCACAGUUCAGGCGGACACGAUGCGCCGAACUGGAGCAGGACGAAGAGUGCUGCUGUCCUUCUCACAGCCACUGUGGCGUAUGCCAUUAUUGCGGAAAUUCUAGUCGACACUGUCGAUGCGGUUCUGCAGGGGUGGGAUAUCGACGAGAAAUUCCUGGGUAUCACACUAUUUGCGCUGGUGCCCAACACUACCGAAUUCCUGAACGCCAUCUCAUUCGCCAUGAACGGCAACAUUGCGCUUUCGAUGGAAAUCGGCUCUGCUUACGCUUUGCAAGUUCUCCUUCUCCAGAUUCCGGCGCUCGUCUUGUACAGCGCUAUCCACAACCAAUGGGUCGAUCCUUCUCAGAUCAUCAACUCAUCAUUCAGUUUGAUCUUUCCUCAAUGGGACAUGGUCACAGUCAUCUUAUGUGUCUUCCUCCUCUCGUACAUGUACGGCGAAGGAAAGAGCAACUACUUCAAGGGAUCCAUCCUCAUCCUUUCUUACCUGGUAGUAAUGGUCGGGUUCUACUUCUCCAGCUUCAACGACUUUGACAGAAUGGGAAUCGACCCUCACGACACGCUUGCUAUCGGAGGGCUCAUGGAGCAGCAGGUCGAGGCGAUGUCAUUUAAGACGAUUGGACGCGGCACAGGUGGUCGAGCGUAUUGAAGAUGCUCGAUGGGGCUUGGCCCGAAAUUGUAAAGACGCGGAGGUGUACCCCACCCACUGUUUAUAGCAGGGGAAGUAAUUUGUCUGUGGUGGAUGAUGGUAUUUCUUACUAUGCAUUAUAUCGGUAGGGCUGGGUUCGACUAGCAUUCGGCAGCGCAUAGCGCGGGCGUUUGGGGGCUUUGAGGGUUGGUAGAGUUUGUUCGCAUGAAAAUACAGAAGCUAUCCACGUACUGUG